CCCCGCCGGUCUCUGUGCGGAGCGAGUUAGCGAGUCCUGUGCGUCCCUAGUUACAGGCGGCUACGAUCCUGGCCUACAGUGACAGUCCGUUCAGUCAGCUCUCAGUCGCCGUGUUCUCUCUCCGUCAGCAUGAGUCAGUCCGAUGUGUUCCGCCCAGCCAAUGGGGACCUGUAUGUCCGAGAUCCGGUAGCUAACGGAGUUCCGGUGUCCGCCAAUGCAUACCGGAAGACGUCGCUCCCGCGACCAGCGACCCACAGUGGAUACCGGUUCGGCCAGAUGAGUCACAAUUCGUUCUUCACCCGACACAAUCCUCAUCCCAACCGAGUCAGACACCUCAAAGGUCUCCUUGACAUCCCAAUCUGCUCCGUCAACGACGAUGGCUACUUCGCUUCACCCCGCUACAGCCUCCAGUUUCCUCCGAAUAGCUACAACAUAAAUAAGCUAUCAAACAGCGUUCGUGGCCGGAUUCCCGUCAACGCCAUCAACGUCAAUUCGCAGCUGUACCCGAUCAAUACAAUUACCGGGCUGCAGUACUUCACCGGACUAAACAGCUUCCCCUUCAGGGAGAAGGCCAUUCCCAAGGUUGGAAUGGUUCCGACGACCGAGGCGUGGAGGGAUGAGUUGAAGGAGUUCACGGAGCAGCUGAACGUGCCUGAGGAGAGAAAAAGAGACCCCGAAGAGGCCGAGAACCACCCAAUACUCCGCGGAGACCGGGCGUCUCAUCCCACCCCCCUCACGCAUGAUGUCCCGGGGGGCGUCAAGGAGGGGCAGGCCGCAGUUUUCCCCACCAUGCAGCACAUAGCUGCUGAACCCGACAUGGAGAAUGUGGUGUUGACGAUGUUGUGCCAGAUCCUACAGACAGAGGAUGUCAAUGCCGUGCAGUCGUGGCUGGUGUCGGCGGGAGACAGAGAGAAGACGAUGGUGAUGGACAUGAUCAGGACCGUCAUGGCGGGCAGGGAGGAGUAUAGUCACCAGCCUCCCGCCCAAGCUGUCACCGACAGGCCGGUGCUGCCACCUAUCAACGACAAGCAGAUCAUCGGAGACUGCAAGGAUGACAGCAUGAUAGACAGGUUGACGUUGGUGGACGAGCCUGUGAUCCCGAGAGGACCGACGAUGCCGAUGGCGGUUACCAUGGAUCCCGUAGAGACAAUGCCUGGAAUUCCUGCCGUCCCCCCACCCCAGGCCGAGCCUGCCAUGCCGGUACCAGCACCGUCCCCUCCGCACAUACCCAUGAAACCAGCCUCUCCCAAGGCCGUCAUCGAAGACGAAGAUGUACUGAUCAAGCCUCCUACAAAUGAAGUUUUCAAACAGUCCUCAUUUCGACCACCCACACAAGGCGGACGUAUCUCUAGGGGCGUUGACGUCAGGCCUCCAGGCACAGCCGACGCCAGGCUAAAGUACACCAAGUCACCAUUUGUGAACGGGGCAGUUCCAGACAACAUGUGGAAUCAACAACAGUCUAUAAACAACAACACUUUCUAAAUAUCCCAGAUAGUAACCAUUUAAAUUUAUUAAAAGGUAUUCAAGUGGAACGUGACCCGAUGCUUAAACCAGUUUAUGUUUUGGAGAAGACCAUUUUGUAUAAUUGUGAUGAGAUGGUUGUGUGACUGUGAACACCUGGAAACGGAUUUAGCUCACCUUAUAAACAUGGCUCCAUGGAUGCUUCCCCUAUGACU